GCGAGUUCGGGAGAGAGGGGGAACACGCGGCUGCUUGGCGUCAACGGCAAGUCGUGUCCCGCCCGGUGGCCGCGGCCACCAUGGCGCGCCUCUUCAGCCCCCGGCCGCCCCCCAGCGACGACCUCUUUUACGAGACCUACUACAGCCUGAGCCAACAGUACCCGCUACUGCUGCUGCUGCUGGGGAUCGUGCUGUGCGCGCUCGUGGCGCUGCUCGCCGUCGCCUGGGCCAGCGGCAGGGAGCUGAUCGCAGACCCGAGCUUCCUAAGCACCGUGCUGUGCGCGCUGGGCGGCUUCUCGCUGCUGCUGGGCCUGGCUUCCCGUGAGCAGCGACUGCAGCGCUGGACGCGCGCCCUGUCCGGCCUCGUGUGGGCCGCGAUGCUAGCGCUCGGCCACGGCUUCCUGUUCACAGGGGGCGUGGUGAGCGCCUGGGACCAGGUGUCCUUUUUCCUCUUCGUCAUCUUCACGGUGUAUGCCAUGCUGCCCUUGGGGAUGAGGGACGCCGUCGCCGCAGGCCUGGCCUCUUCGCUCUCGCACCUGCUGGUCCUAGGGCUGUACCUUGGGCCGCAGCCGGAUUCGCGGCCGGCGCUGCUGCCGCAGCUUGCAGCCAACGCAGUGCUCUUCGUGUGUGGGAACGCGGUGGGGGUGUACCACAAAGCGCUGAUGGAGCGUGCCCUGCGCGCCACCUUCCGCGAGGCGCUCAGCUCCCUGCAGUCGCGCCGGCGGCUGGACACCGAGAAGAAGCACCAGGAACACCUGCUGUUGUCCAUCCUUCCUGCCUACCUGGCCAGGGAGAUGAAGGCAGAGAUCAUGGCUCGGCUGCAGGCUGGACAGGGGUCCCGGCCAGAGAGCACCAACAACUUCCACAGCCUCUAUGUCAAGAGGCACCAGGGAGUCAGCGUGCUGUAUGCUGACAUCGUGGGCUUCACCAGGCUGGCCAGUGAGUGUUCCCCCAAGGAGCUGGUGCUCAUGCUCAACGAGCUCUUUGGAAAAUUCGACCAGAUCGCCAAGGAGCACGAAUGCAUGCGGAUCAAGAUCCUAGGGGACUGCUACUACUGUGUCUCCGGGCUGCCAGUCUCCCUGCCGGACCACGCUGUCAACUGCGUACGCAUGGGGCUGGACAUGUGCCGGGCCAUCAGGAAACUGCGGGCAGCCACUGGUGUGGACAUCAACAUGCGUGUGGGCGUGCACUCGGGCAGCGUGCUUUGCGGAGUCAUCGGCCUGCAGAAGUGGCAGUACGAUGUCUGGUCCCAUGAUGUCACACUGGCCAACCACAUGGAGGCAGGCGGCGUGCCAGGACGAGUGCACAUCACGGGGGCCACGCUGGCUCUGCUGGCCGGGGCUUAUGCCGUGGAAGACGCAGCCAUGGAACACCGGGACCCGUACCUUCGAGAGCUAGGGGAGCCCACCUACCUGGUCAUUGAUCCCCGGGCCGAGGAGGAGGACGAGAAGGGCACAGCAGGAGGGUUGCUGUCCUCUCUCGAGGGCCACGAGCUGCUGCGUCCGUCUCUGCUGAUGACCCGCUACCUGGAGUCGUGGGGUGCAGCCAAGCCUUUUGCCCACCUGAGCCACAUAGACAGCCCUGUGUGCACCUCCACCCCUCUCCCGGAGAAGGCCUUGGCUUCCUUCAGCCCCCAGUGGAGCCUGGACCGGAGCCGUACCCCCCGGGGCCUAGACGAUGAGCUGGACACCGGGGAUGCCAAGUUUUUCCAGGUCAUCGAACAGCUCAACUCUCAGAAACAGUGGAGGCAGUCGAAGGACUUCAACCCACUGACGCUCUACUUCAGAGAGAAGGAGAUGGAGAAGGAGUACCGUCUCUCCGCACUCCCUGCCUUCAAGUACUAUGCAGCCUGCACCUUCCUGGUUUUUCUCUCCAACUUCAUCAUCCAGAUGCUGGUGACAGACAGGCCCCCAGCUCUGGCCAUCACCUACAGCAUCACCUUCCUCCUCUUCUUCCUCCUGCUCUUCAUCUGCUUCUCAGAGCACCUGACGAAGUGUGUCCUGAAGGGCCCCAAGAUGCUGCACUGGCUGCCCGCACUGUCCGGCCUGGUGGCCACACGCCCUGGACUGCGAGUGGCCCUGGGCACCGCCACCAUUCUCCUCGUCUUCAUCAUGGCCAUUACCAGCCUGUUCUUCCUACCAGCCUCGCUGGACUGUCCACCCUGGGCUCCCAAUGUGUCCUCCGCGGCUUUCAACCUCUCCUGGCAGCUCCCUGGGUCCCUGCCUCUCAUCAGCGUCCCAUACUCCAUGCACUGCUGCGUGCUGGGCUUCCUGUCCUGCUCCCUCUUUCUGCACAUGAGCUUCGAACUCAAGCUGCUGCUGCUGCUGCUCUGGCUCGUGGCCUCCUGCUCCCUCUUCCUGCACUCCCACGCCUGGCUGUCCGACUGCCUCAUCGCCCGCCUCUACGUGGGACCCUUGGACUCCAGGCCGGGGGUGCUGAAGGAGCCCAAGCUGAUGGGAGCCAUCUCCUUCUUCAUCUUCUUCUUCACCCUCCUUGUCCUGGCUCGGCAGAAUGAGUAUUACUGCCGCCUGGACUUCCUGUGGAAGAAGAAGCUGAGGCAAGAGCGCGAGGAGACAGAGAUGAUGGAGAAUCUGACCCGGCUGCUCCUGGAGAACGUGCUCCCUGCACACGUGGCCCCCGAGUUCAUUGGCCAGAAACGGCGCAACGAGGACCUCUACCACCAGUCCUACGAGUGUGUUUGUGUCCUCUUCGCCUCCAUCCCAGACUUUAAGGAGUUCUACUCGGAAUCCAACAUCAACCACGAAGGGCUCGAGUGUCUGCGGCUCCUAAAUGAGAUCAUUGCUGAUUUCGAUGAGCUGCUCUCCAAGCCCAAGUUCAGCGGGGUGGAGAAGAUCAAAACCAUCGGCAGCACCUACAUGGCAGCCACAGGCUUAAAUGCCACCUCUGGCCAGGAUGCACAACAGGUCCAGCCACAGGCCCACUGCCAGGAUGCUGAGCGAAGCUGCAGCCACCUUGGCACCAUGGUGGAAUUUGCAGUGGCCCUGGGGUCUAAGCUGGACGUCAUCAACAAGCACUCGUUCAACAACUUCCGCCUGCGUGUGGGGCUGAACCACGGACCAGUAGUGGCUGGAGUCAUUGGGGCCCAGAAGCCACAAUACGACAUCUGGGGCAACACGGUGAACGUGGCCAGCCGCAUGGAGAGCACCGGAGUCCUGGGCAAAAUCCAGGUGACUGAGGAGACAGCCCAGGCCCUGCAGUCGCUGGGCUACACCUGCUGCAUUCGGGGCAUCAUCAAGGUCAAAGGCAAAGGGCAGCUGCGCACCUACUUCCUGAACACGGACUUGACUCGAACUGGGCCUCCCUCAGCCACCCUGGGCUGAGACGCCUCCUCCAGGAUCUUCCACGAAAAGGCUCUGAGACAUCUGAAGCCAGCUGCUGAUAGAGCUGGAGGCAGCCUCCUCCUUACCUGCCAGCAGGGCGGUUUUUUCCCCAGGCCAAACUGAGCAUGCUGGAGAGCAAUUCUUUUUCACGAGCUCAAGAGAGAUCGGCCUCAGUCUCGCUACCAGCCUGCUUCCACUCUUCUGUACACCUUGGAAGCAUAAAGAAUUUUAGCCACAUAACUUAAAAGUCUGUCCUCUGCUGCGCCCCACCCACAAACAUCGGAAGGAAUCUCCAAGGAAAUAUCAGUUCACCUUUAUUCAUGCAGCAAACGCCAAAGAAGCACCUAUCAUAUGCUUGCGAUGAAGAAGAGACAAGGGGCGGAGGAAUAGCUCGGGUGCCCCGUCCCCCCAAGUUGUACCUGCUGUCCUCAGAUUGGCCAGCCACGCUUUGCAGUAAGGAGCUGUGGGCAAUGUGGGUGUGCUGUCCUCGGGUCACCGGAUGGCCUCCUUCCUUGCUUUGCAGCCUUCUGCAUAGAUGCUGACACUUCUAUGUGUCUUGAAGCACGGGGAUGUUUCGUUUUCACCUGCUCCUAUUUUGGAGGUCCAUGGGAGGCAGUUUAAUAACCAAGUUGUGUUGCAGAUGUUGUACGUGGAUU